CUUUCUUUCCUCCCCCGUUCAAGACAUCCCACACUCGUUCAGAUCACGGCACGUCGUCGUUGUUCACGUCAAUCGUUGGUCCAUUCUGCUAUCUUGAAGCCUGUUGAAGUUCUGGUCUGGCACUUUCAGCAAGAUUCCUGCAUUUCGCCAACCCAACCUCAUCGCACACGAAGCGUUCAUUGGAGCCUCCCUUUGAACGUCUGCCUUCGCAUUACGCAGGCAUUUCCAGCUCUUCGUCGACCGCCUUUACAAGCCGAUUUUCCUGCGCCCUUGGCCCUCAUCUUGUUCAAUCGAAGACGCUGUUGCGGUGGAGUUUCGUUGUGGUGACAAAGCUUUUCGCGCUCUUGGUUAUGCUCUCCAACGCACGGAAUUUGCAACCACGGCCGGCAGAUGUGAUCGUGCGGAACACAGAUUUAGUCGAAGAGCUCUUUGUAGCAUUUCUUGCAGCGCAUGGCACCAUGGACGAGAUGGCUGAACAGUCUACUUGUCAGCCUUUUUGCUCGCACUUCUACCGUCCUCGCUCAAUUUCCCCCCCUCCCUGCCGGUGAUUCCCUUGUCACAAUUCCUUCUCCAGUCGACUCAAAUGUCUCGCUCGCCUAUAAAAGCGUCCCUGUGGGGACUUGUACAACAGUUUUCGAAACUCAGCAACAAUUCGCCGGCUACAUUACUUUGCCGCCAAACGUCUUGGAUCCCAGUCAAGGAAAUUACACCAUCAACACCUUUUUCUGGUUUAUUGAAGCUAGGCAAUUACCCGAAUCAGCUCCACUGGCAGUCUUCAUCAAUGGCGGUCCUGGUUCCAGCAGCAUGGUCGGUCUUUUCCAAGAAGUUGGCCCUUGUCAAGUUGUGGAAAUCGCCAAUGGGCAGCUGGGCACGGUUGCGCGAGACUGGGGCUGGGAUCGCAGCAGCAACAUUGUCUUCAUAGACCAGCCCGUUCAGGUGGGCUUCUCCUACGAUGUUCUGACCAACUCAUCUCUCAAUCUGCUUGAUGAAACGACUGUCGUCCCACCGACAACGGUACCUAUCUCACAGCCCACCUACACUUUUCUCAACGGCACUUUCGGAUCGGGGAAUCCGUCAUUUACCGCCAAUACGUCCCAAAUUGCCGCUCAAUCGCUAUGGCAUUUCCUGCAGACAUUUCUCACUUCUUUCCCGCAAUACAAUACUGCUCUUCGCACACAAGCUACUGAGCCCACAGCGGAGGUCCAUCUUUUCACCGAGUCCUACGGAGGCAAGUACGGACCCGCUAUUGGAGCUUUCUUCGGCAUCCAGAAUCAGCGCCGUCAGACAGACCUCGAUUUUGCCAACACGACUAUUGAUAUUACACUGAAGUCCCUGGGCAUCAUCAAUGGUUGGAUUGAUCUUUUCACCCAGACUCCAUAUCAUCCAAAAUUCGCAUAUGAAAACACCUAUGCUAUCGAAGCCAUCUCACAGCUUCAAGAGCUUAACGCCUUAAGCGCCUACGACAGCGCAGACGGCUGCGAGCAGCAGACUGCCUUUUGCCGCUCACAAGAAGCCGCACUCGACCCGGUGGGCUACGGAGACGUGGAUGCAGUCAAUGAGGCAUGUUCGCAAGCGCAAUCGUACUGUGAAGCAUAUGUAGUCGGCCCAUACACUACGUCGGGACGGUCGAUCUAUGAUAUCUCUCAAAGUAUGCUCGAUCCUUUUCCGAGCGCACUCUACUUGGAGUAUCUGAACCAACUCUCAGUCCAACAAGCGCUUGGUGUUCCGGUCAACUAUAGCCAAGAUUCAGUGGCCGUCUUCGCCGCGUUCAAUACCACAGGCGACUAUGCGCGAGAUGGCAUUAUUCAAGAUCUUGUUGAUCUUCUCAAUUCUGGUGUGAGGAUCGCGCUGAUCUACGGAGACAGAGACUACAUCUGCAACUGGCAAGGAGGAGAAGCAGCCUCUUUCGCUGUAGCCGGUGCGGCUGGUCUAUCGUAUCUGCCGUGGUAUGCUGCUGGGUAUGCCCCCAUUGUGGCCAAUAGCACCUACGUCGGCGGCGUUGUUCGCGAGUUUGGGAACCUGAGUUUCAGUCGAAUCUAUGAUGCCGGUCACUUGGUGCCUGCCUAUCAGCCAGAGACCGCUUUCACUAUCUUUUCCCGUAUCAUUGAGGGAACAGACAUCAGCAUGGGCAUGCCCGCCGAUCUGUCGACAUAUUCGUCAGUUGGGGAUGCAAAUUCCUCGUACCAGAAUGUCGCGCCUCCAAUGGCCGAACCAACGUGCUACCUUCGCGCCGUUAACACCACCUGUAACACAGACCAGAAGAACAUGCUCGCGAAUAAUGCUGGCGUUAUCAUCAAUGGAGUUCUUUACGAUGAUGCUGCCGAUUGGCAACCACCAGACCCAGGAAUUGUCACUAUGGCCGGGUCGCCUGGCACGCCUCCUGUCAGCAUAGUUACCAGUCCACCGAUGCCAGAAACGAGCACGACGCAAGAAGGAGGGCAAACACCAUCCCUGAACACCACGAGCACAACAACAAGUACCAAAAGCUCGACCUCAAGCGCUGGUACUAGAGAACAUACCACAGGGAAGCGCCCUUCCAGCAGUCUCCCAACAGGUGUAUAUACCGCAACAACUAUCCCGCCGACGUCAACCGCCAGCAGAACUACGUCUGCCAGCGCAACUAACGCCGCGUCGUCAUGCAUCCACAGCAACGUUUUUCGUUCUUUGUCGCUUUCGCGAGAUACCCGGCCCACGGUGGCAGCAUUUCUUUACAUGGUCGGGGUACUGAGUCAUGCAUUCAUUGUUUAAGGAUUCUUGAAGGGAAAGCACUACCUAAAGUCAAAUUGUUGAAAUACGAGGGGGACAGCUCUCACAGAGUCAGGACCGCGUCAUGGACGUGAAUGAGGGUCCUGGAGGGCAGAAUGAUAUGACCACGAAGUAACGAAAAAUUUCUUCCAGACGAGAGUGAGGCACUGUUAAUGUCCUAGGAUGGUCCGAGCGACGUACCGGACAGUCAUGAUUAGAUGGGAGAAGAGCACAAGCCCAUAAAACUUAGUCUAGUUCUCCCCCAAGGAUGGCGAACAUGUGCCUUGUGGCUAAUGUGCGCUGACUUGGAGUGGAUGGCGGAAAAUGCGAUGCAACAAUGAGAUACGAUAGCAAUGACAGAUGGGAAGUCAUCGC